UCACUCUCGCCGAGAAAAUCCUCCGCCGCACUCUGCCCCGCCGACGAGCUCUUCUACAAGGGCAAGCUCCUCCCCCUCCACCUCUCCCCCCGCCUCUCCAUGGUCCGCACCCUCCUCCUCUCCUCCUCCUCCACCUCCUCCUCCUCCGGCGACACCGCCACCACCGCCUCCCGCGACUCCACCGCCUCCCACUCCUCCUCCGACUCCUCCACCGCCGACCUCCUCCUCCACCACCACCACCACCUCGACUGCGACUCCUCCCGCCCCAGCUCCGCCACCGACGACGAAUUCAAACGCCUCUCCAUCAACAGCAGCGACACCGAUCUCAACAUCUCCCUCGACUACCACCCCAUCAGAAAACCUUCCAAAUACUUCUCUCUCUCCAAAUUCUCCUCCGUCUUCCGCAAGGACACCAAAACCCCCCCUCCGCCGCCGCCUCCGCCGCCUUCCUCCGGCGGCGCCGCCGCCGUCAAGCGCGUGAGCUCAACCGCGAAGGAAGUCCUGCGCAAGUACUUCAAAAAGGUAAAACCUCUAUACGAGAAACUCUCCCAGAAAACGCCUCCGCCGCCGCCGUCCUCCGCCGUAAUAUCAAGAUCGGCAAAUAGAGAUCAGGAAUUCACGGGAUCAAAUCACAGCAGCUGUACGAACAUCUCACAAUCAUUUUCUGGGAAUUUGAGGUACCCAAGAAGAAGAAGCUGCAAUAUUUCGAGCUGCCCGUCGUCGAUGAUGUCAUCACCGAAGCACGGAGAGAGCGGGUUCGGGUUCGGGUUCGUACAAAUGGGUCGGGCCGGGUCGGGUGGGCUGAAUUCGGAUGCUUCGUCAAUGGAUGAACUGCAGAAUGCAAUUCAGGGUGCGAUUGCGCACUGCAAGAAUUCAAUGCUGGUGAAGAACAAGAAUAUUAUAUAUGGUGAGUAAUGAAAUUUGAGUGAAUUGAUGUAGAAUAAUAUAAUUAACUGAGAGUAUUAUUAUUUUUAAAUUAUUAACAUAUUCUCC